AUGAUAUCCAUGCUUUUCCUUCUUACACAAGUCCAGGCUUCGGUUAGGGAAAGGAUUAAUGCUAUCGAAGCUAAGACUAACCAAUCUAACCUGGCCAUUAACACUCCCGGUAAAGGAGGCAAGGGCGGUAAAGGAGGCGAGCCCGGAAAACCAGGUAGUCCAGGUGGUUCGGGUAGUUCAGGUAGUUCGGGUAGUUCAGGGGUAGGAGGUAAAGGUGGCGAGGGAGGUAAACCAGGUAGUUCAGGUAAUUCAGGACAAGGAGGUAAUGGAGGUGCACCAGGCAAACCAGGUAGCCCGGGUCAAGGCGGCGAUGGAGGUGCACCAGGUAGUCCGGGGCAGGGUGGUAGCGGGGGCAAGCCGGGUAGUUCGGGCAGUCCAGGUCAAGGCGGCAAUGGAGGUGCACCAGGUAGUCCAGGAGUAGGAGGUAAAGGUGGCGAGGGAGGAAAACCAGGUAGUUCAGGUAAUUCAGGACAGGGUGGCAAUGGAGGUGCACCAGGUAGUCCGGGACAAGGCGGUAAAGGAGGUGAGGGCGGCAAACCGGGUAAUUCAGGCCAAAACGGUAAUGAAGGUAAACCAGGCAAACCAGGUAGUCCAGGAGUAGGAGGUAAUGGAGGUGCACCAGGCAGCCCGGGCCAAGGCGGCAAUGGAGGAAAUGGAAGCAGGCCAGGCAGUCCUGGAGUAGGAGGUAACGGAGGCGAGGGAGGAAAACCGGGCCAAAACGGCAAUGGAGGCAAUUCAGGCAAUUCUAGUAACCCAGACCAAGGAAAACAAGGACAGGGUGGACAAGGAGGUGCACCAGGUAGUCCGGGCAACUCGGGCCAAGGCGGUAAAGGAGGAGAAGGAGGAGCACCCGGCAAUUCAGCUACCCCAAGCAAACCCCAACAUCAUAUAAUUAUUGCCCAGGCCAACCCAGCAGGACCAUCCAAGUCCAAGGAAGCAUGUAAGAUCAGCCACGUACCACAAGAAAGUGAUCCAGAAUUGACCGCAGCAAAGGUCGCCUUCGAUAAAAAGUACCAAGAGCUUAUGGCCGAAUACCACCGCCAUGUUGCACUUAUCCAACAGGAAAGAGCUCAAGCACAAACCAAGGGCAAAUUAGAUAAAGAUAGUAAUCUCAAACCAAGCGAGUUUAUCCGUGUACGAGCAGAAGCCAACAAGUCCCAAGCCAAAUAG